AUAGCAACGACCUGUCGUCAUACAGAAGAGACACUCUUAGGAAAAUAGUUUUCAACUCUUUACACUGAAGUAUUUUUCAGACGGAUCCAAGUCUCACCUAACUCGUUCAUCUGAAGUAAAGGAUGGCUGAGCCACACGAAAGAGAGUGUGCCGUGUGCACGAAUGACUUCACGACACCAAAGAUUCUACCCUGUGGUCAUCUCCUGUGUCGAGAAUGUGUCAUUUCCUGGAUGGAUUCCAAAGCUGAUGCCGGGUGUCCGCUGUGUAGAUGUCCUAUAGUAGAGCAGUCAGAUGGAAGUUCGUCGGCCACUGUUGACGCCCUGCCGACAGACUUUGUGAUGGAAGCGCUGGUGGAGAGCGCUCGUGUGCUGAGUAAAGAUCACCUUUGUUGUGUGUGUGAGGACGUCAGGGCGGACUUCAUCUGUAUGCAGUGUCAGGACAUGUUGUGUACAGCGUGUACGAAGGCUCACAGAAAACUUUCUGCCACCCGUAGUCACGAUGUGGAGAGUGUCAGCACUGUGACACCUGAACGUUUAGCUGCCAGCCGCCCUGCACUGUGUGCUGACCACGGCGACAAACAGGCGGAGUUCUUCUGCCGCGAGCACCGCCUCGCUGUCUGCUCAGCCUGUAAGGCUAACAAACACAAAGUAUGUCCGAAAACAAACUAUCUGGAAGAUGAAAUACAAUCAGCCCAAAAAUCACUAAACGACUUGACAAAGAUUCUGGUAGAAACGGAGCAGAAGCUGGAGCAGGUUAUAGGUCAGGUGACGUCACGCCUACAGGAAGUUGAUGUCAGCGAACAAGAAGACAUGGCGGAGGUAGACAAGUCAUGUGACCGUCUUCACAAGCUGGUGGAAGAUUUCUGUUCGAAUUUGAAAGAAAAGACCCGCACGUCACAUCUCAAAAUCAGGAGUUCGUUACGUGACGUCAAGACUGACCUUAGCAACCGUCUUGGGAAGGUGACGUCACACAAACACAUUGUGACGCGAGCCACGGCAGUGUCCCCACGUCCUGCACUGAUACACAUGACACAGGCUCUGACAGACAGGGUCAACAGUCUUGACCUUAGCGCCGACUUGCAAAGACAGUUGUGGGUGAAGCCCUUGUCAAGUACAGAGGGUUGUACAAACGUUGUGAUGCGGAUACAACAGGAGCUACUGAUGUUGGAGCAGCAGUGGACACAGCCAUCAGUCCUUGUGUUCCACGACAACUGCGGAACCAACAUUCGUCUGACGAACGGUAACAGGACCGCGGAGAAGAUAGAUCAACGUGCCUCCUCUAAGGGGGUGGUCGUGUCACGUGACGCUAUGGUGCCGAACGUCUUGUAUGAGGUAAACGUGGACGUAGUAACAGCAACAAAGAACAUGAUAUCCGUAGGAGUGACAACAAUACCUCCUGAGCGCCUCGCUAUAACGAGUUCUUCCAUAGACCUAGAAGAUUCCACCAUCGUCGGAGUCAAUUGGAUAACCCACCAGAAACUGUCUGUGAGUUUCUAUGGCUACAAGUGCAAGAAAAAGGCUUUGCGAUUCGGUAUCCAUUUGUUUAGCAGGUUAGGAGAAAGUCUCAAGAGACUUCAUGUCGGGAGUCGAGUCGGGGUCCUGGUGGACUCAUUUAACGACCUUCACCUCUUCGUCGACGGACAGGACCAGGGUGUUGUACCGAAACAUGUCACACCGCCCUGCUUUGCUGUAGUUAGUAUGCACGGUGCAGUCACUAAGGUGACAGCCCUUCCUACAUCAAACAGAUCAUGAAGAAUGUAGGAGAACAAGAGAAAGUAAAGCGUGAAUAUAUUUGCCGCCAUCAACCUGACCAUUUUUAUUACCAUUGACUGCUCAAAUGUAUUUGCUUCGUUAACCUGUUUUCUAUUCAAAACAUUAAGAUGACAAGCUCUCUCGUGCCUGAUUCUUAUUUUCAGUUAAAUACACGAAAAUAAAACUUCGAGUAAAGUAAUAUUUUAGUUCAUUUGUAUCAGUUGCCCCCUCUAAUAUAUGUACACACACAAAGAAGAGAAGAGAAACAUCUGAUCAAUAAUAUUGCACACACAUACAUACGGACACACG